AUGCAUCAGUUAUCAGCUAUUGAGUUAAAAAAAUUGAGCAAAGCGGAACGACGGAAACGACGCCGCGCUACGCCAAAAUAUCGCAAUCUUCAUGCCAGUCGAGAGCGCAUUCGGGUCGAGUCAUUCAAUAGUGCAUUCGCAAAACUACGAGCGCUACUACCUACACUACCACUUAAUAAAAAAUUAUCGAAAAUUGAGAUACUACGUCUGUCCAUUUCGUAUAUUUCAUAUUUGGAUAAUCUGUUACAUUUUUGA